GUCCGCUAACUUCUGUCUUGUGUGGUCAUCCAACCGAAGCAUGGGAUCUUUUUGACUCUCCAUUUUAACUCGCUGUCGUUAAAUGAUGAAAAUGUCGUAUCCAGUGUGAUGGUAUUUGUUGUCAGCGUCUGUUUUUAUUUAAAUAGAUAAAACGGAAACAGCAGCGGCUCCGGCAACACGGCGAACUCCUCGCUUGCAUCGCGUCCUGUGAACACCGCUAGCUGUGACAUGACUAUGAAAAACUACCGUCGAGGGAAGUUAUAAUUGACAUUAUCAUAGCUGAAUGGCUACAACAGCAGCUUGUCUGCCCCGAUUUAACGCCUACAUGCUGUUAUUUCGAUAGCCAUUUGAGCUCAGCGUCAGGGGGUUGGUGGGGGGGCGGGGGGGGGGCACCGUUAUAAUAUAACAAGGAGACCGCAUCAACACAGCUUCUGUUCCCGUCCGAGAAGAUGUCUUUCUUCAAUUUUCGGAAGAUAUUCAAACUGGGCCCUGACAAGAAGAAGAAGCAGUAUGAACAUGUACACAGAGACGUGAACCCGGAGGAAAUCUGGGACAUCAUUGGGGAACUUGGAGACGGGGCGUUUGGGAAAGUAUUCAAGGCUCAGAACAAGCAGAAUGGGACCCUCGCUGCUGCCAAGGUUAUUGACACAAAGACUGAGGAUGAAUUGGAGGACUACAUGGUGGAGAUUGACAUUCUGGCCUCCUGCGACCACCCUCACAUCGUCAAACUGCUGGAUGCCUUUUAUUUUGAAGGCAAACUUUGGAUCCUCAUAGAGUUCUGUGCAGGCGGUGCAGUGGAUGCCAUCAUGCUGGAACUGGAGAGACCCCUGACAGAGCCUCAGAUCCGUGUGGUUUGUAGGCAGACCUUGGAGGCUUUGUGUUACCUCCACGAGAACAAGGUCAUCCACCGAGACUUGAAGGCCGGAAACAUUCUCCUCUCCUUGGAUGGAGAAGUGAAACUAGCUGACUUUGGGGUGUCUGCUAAAAAUACCAAGACGUUACAGAGAAGGGACUCUUUCAUCGGCACUCCGUAUUGGAUGGCCCCAGAGGUGGUGAUGUGCGAAACCUCCAAGGACCGUCCGUACGACUACAAGGCCGACAUCUGGUCCCUCGGGGUAACCCUGAUAGAGCUGGCACAGGUUGAGCCGCCCAACCACGAGAUGAACCCCAUGAGGGUGUUGCUGAAAAUAGCCAAGUCCGAGCCGCCCACACUCAUGCAUCCCUCCCGCUGGUCCCCGGAAUUCAGCGACUUUCUGCGGAAAUCACUUGAUAAGAAUGUGGACCAUAGGUGGAGCCCUGUGCAGCUUUUGCAGCAUCCUUUUGUCACCAGUGUAACAGACUGCAAACCUCUCAGAGAGCUCAUCGCCGAGGCCAAAGCUGAAGUCACAGAGGAGCUCGAGGAUAGCAAAGAGGAGGAGGAGGAGGAAGAGGCUGAAACACCUCUGGCGGCUCCAGGGCACAAGAGAGCGCCCUCAGAUGCCAGCGUGGCCAGCUCAGAGGAUGACAAAGUCCCACCGACUCCCUCCACGCUGGAAUCUGUUACAGAAAAGACAGAGACCGUGCCUGCUGAGGACCAGACCAGUGAUAAGCUCUCUGAUGAAAUACUUGGAACAAGUGAGGUGGAUAAGCCUAAAGAGGGGAAACUCAAUGAGGUGUCUAAUGCUGAUAAUGCAGACCUGGUAUCUGGGCCAGCAGAGCCUAUAAUGGACUUGAUCCCACAAGCUCCCACCGAGCCUAAACCAGAAGACGGUAAAAUUCCUGCUGAGCCUGCGGCACCACUGCCAGAGGAGAAUGGCAAAACAACCCAGGAACUUAUCCCAGAUGGUCAAGAAACAGAGGAAGAACAGAAGGAGAUACCAGAAAAUGAACCUUCCCAAAUAAUAGAGGAAAAAGGAGAGGAGAAGGGGAGGGAAGACAGAGAAGAGAAAGAAAAAGCAGAAGGUACAGAAGAUUUCAAAGAAUCUCAAGAGCAGCCUGAAGAUAAACAAGAGGAACCAGAAUCCAUAUCAGGAGAAGUUGAACCGCCAGAAGAAGAAAGCAGAGAACCAGAGAAGGAGAUCCCUCCGAAACAAGUGGCAGAAGACAGAAUAGACGACACAGCUAAUGGCCCAGAUGUAAAUACAGACACAGAGAAUAUAGGACCAAAUGUAAUAGACAUAAACAUUAAUGGAGAAACAGACACAAAGUCAAGCGUGGAUGACACCCCUGCUGAAGUUCUGUUAGAGAAGGAGGCCACAGAGAGUCAGCCAGAGGAAAAACCUGAGGAUGAAAAGCAGCCUGACCAAGACAAUCACCCCUGUGAGGAGAAUAAACCAGAGGAACAGACACCAACGGAAUUGACAAAUGGAGUCAGCGACGUUGCCAAAGACACCUCAGAGGAUUCAGAACAAGUGGUCCCAUGUAAAGACGUCAACAUGAAGGAAGGCGAGGCGAAAGCUACUCCUGCCGAUGAGAAUACUUCCCAAGAUGCCGUCUCUGUCCAGGAGAGCGAAACGGACUCAGAGUGCAAGAUGGAGCCCGGAAGCCCAGCUGUGGUUAAGUCGGAUGUAGAGAAGGACUCGGACUCUGGGAGCAGCUCCGCAGCUGACAGCAGCAGCCUCGACCUCAAUCUGUCCAUCUCUAGCUUCCUGUCCAAGAGCAAGGAAGGCUCCGUGUCUAUGCAGGAGUCAAAACGUCAGAAAAAGACGCUGAAGAAGACACGUAAGUUCAUGGUGGAUGGUGUGGAGGUCAGUGUGACGACAUCAAAGAUAGUGACGGAUAACGACACCAAGAGUGAAGAGAUGAGGUUCCUAAGGCGGCAGGAGUUGAGAGAGCUGCGCCUCCUGCAGAAGGAGGAGCAGAGGGCCCAGCAGCAGCUGAGCAACAAGCUGCAGCAGCAGAGAGAGCAGAUCUACCGGCGCUUCGAACAGGAAACAACUGCUAAGAAGCGUCAAUAUGACCAAGAGGUGGAGAACCUUGAGAAGAAGCAGAAGCAGACCAUCGAGCGGCUGGAGCAGGAUCACACCAGCCGGCUCAGAGACGAGGCCAAACGCAUCAAAGCGGAUCAAGACAAGGAGCUCUCCAAAUUCCAAAACAUGCUGAAGAACCGGAAGAAAGAGGCCCAACUGGAGGUUGCACAGUCCCCCAGACACAUGAGAAAAGAGCUCAUGAAACGCAUAAAGGAGGACCUAAUGCUCCUUAAGACUUCAGAGGCAGUGGCCCAGGUUAUGAUACAGUCUUUUCAGUUGUCCUCAUGUGCCCUCUUCAACGCUCAGAUGCAGGAUGAGCAGGAGUUCCUCCAGAAGCAGCAGCAGGAGCUGGACGGAGCUCUGAAGAAAAUCAUCCAGCAGCACAAACUGGAGAUCGCCACUAUAGAGAGAGACUGCCUCAACCAUAAGCAGCAGCUGAUGAGAGCUCGAGAGGCAGCCAUGUGGGAGUUGGAGGAGCGCCACCUGCAGGAGAAGCACCAGCUGCUGAAGCAGCAGCUCAAAGACCAGUACUUCCUGCAGAGACACCAGCUGCUCAAGAGACACGAGAAAGAGAUGGAGCAGAUGCAGCGCUACAACCAGCGGCUGAUCGAGGAAAUGAAAAACAAACAGACUCAAGAGAGAGUCCGUCUGCCCAAGAUUCAACGCAGCGAGGCCAAGACCCGCAUGGCCAUGUUCAAGAAGAGCCUUCGCAUCACGGCCACAGCAUCCGUCACCCCAGAGAUGGAGAGAGAGAAGAUCAAGCAGUUCGCUGUUCAGGAGGAGAAGAGGCAGAAGAAUGAGAGGCUCCAUCAACACCAGAAACACGAGAACCAGAUGAGGGAUCUGCAGCUGCAGUGUGACUCAAACAUCAGGGAGCUGCAGCAGCUACAGAAUGAGAAGUGCCACCUUCUCAUCGAGCAUGAGACUCAGAAGCUGAAGGAGCUGGAUGAGGAGCACAGCCAGGAGAUAAAGGAGUGGAGAGAGAAGCUGAGACCCAGAAAGAAGGCCUUGGAGGAGGAGUUCACACGGAAGCUUCAGGAGCAGGAGGUCUUCUUCAAGAUGAGCGGCGAGUCCGAAUGCCUUAACCCCACCACCCAGAGUCGAGUGUCCAAAUUUUACCCAAUCCCAAACCUGCACAACUCUGGUUUAUAGCCUCAUGUCAGAAAACAGACUCGUAUCAAACUAAGACAGACUGUUCCAGGUGAAGCGGCGUCAUUCCUCCGACCGUUACUGAUUUCCAUGAAAAUACCUUCACUGCUUUGACUCCACCGUUAGUGAGCAUGACGUGCCUACACACUGUUCAACACUCUGUCGAAUUUUUUUCUCAGCUUGUUGGGAAAUGUCGGGUGGAUAAUAUGCACUUUUUCCAGCAUGUUCAGAAGUCUGCAGUCGGUAGCGAAGGCCGAUCAUGCUUAACAGAGAAGUGUUAGCACAGCCGGCUACAGUAUGAAUGAUCUCAGUGCCUCAUAUGUUCCUUAUGGUUCAGGAGUUAGGCCCUCCCCUGUGUUUUCUUCGGUUUGCAGUAAAUACAAAGCCCCCCUGAAUGUCGUGCACUUAAAUAGCUAGUUAUCAAAAAAAAAAAAAUUGAGCGAUUAUUAGUAUUAUUUCACAAAAGCUGGUCAUUAAAAAUCGUCUUUCACUGCAUUUAAGGUGAUGCUGCCUCACGGGAGAAGUGCUGAUGAGUCACUGCUCUCAAAAGAAAAAGUGAAGUCGUCUAAUGCUGUGCUAAAAAAAAAAAAAGCUUUGUUAUGAUAAAAAGUGAGGGAAAAGGAAAUGCAUUAUUAAUUAAAAGGAAUGUAAUGUGUUGUAAACGAUGCAGCGCUGAGAAAAGUUACAAGUUUGCACCUACAUAUCAUGUUUAGUCUGAAACCAGGAGGAUUUUUCAGUCUUGAGCGAUGAUUUAACUCAACGUUUUUGUUAAAUUAGCCAUACUACCAAACACACCUGUGUGUGUAAAAGACAGAGCAGAGCUGUUACUUUUUGACAAUAAAGAAAUACUGUUUUUUUUAAUACAAAUGAUCAAAAUUAAAUCACCUCACCUUCUUGGAGCUAGCUUGGAUGCUUUGUUGUGAAAUGCUGAAGGAAUGUAAAGCUGUUGAUUUGCACUGUUUUGCCACAUGAGCUAAAUGGGAGAAGAAGAGUAUGAAGAAGAAGUUUUUUUUUCUUUACAGUGAGUCCAGUUUGUCUCACACAGGCCUCUUCAAACUCCAAACUGACUGAGUUGUUUUCAACAUUGUUUUAUUUGUUUUAAUCAUUUUAAGAUAUACCCCUCUAGCAUUUUAUGAACACGUCUUAUUUCCCGAACGUAUUGCAGAUUAAUCGACGCUGUAAUCGCUGUUAUUUUUUGUGACACCAUUGCUGUAUGAAAGGUGAAAUGCUGUAUCCUUUUUCAUUUCAACACGUGAGGAGACGUGUCGCCGUUUUUCAGAAGAAAAAGUAUUGACGGUUCUCAAAAAGAGACGCAAACAAACCUGACUGGUUUGUUUUUGCCACUUCAUAUCAUCAGUGCAUGUUAUCGAUUCUUUGCUCACAUGAACAUUGACAUAAAUGCUGGAUUUGUAUUGCCGUUAUCGGAGACUGUGUCUUGUGAAUGACACCACACGCCCUCUAGAUUUCAAUGGUUUUUUUAUUUUCAGUUGCAGCCUUUGGAUGUGUCUAAGUUCUACCACCAUGGAUAUUCUCAGUAUAUGCAUUUUUUUGAUGUCAGAUCCAAUGUAUUUAAAGUGUCUUUAUAAAUGGACAAUUCUUCUGUUGUUGUAAAUAAAAUAAUGACUGUUUAUUUGA